CAUGUUCAGAGCAGCGGGAGCCAUUCCUCCACACCACAGAAGAUGGGGAGGCAGACACUCUCGUCAAUUGCAUUGCUGCUCCCGCUGCUCGCCACCACGGCCGCGGCGGAGCCCGCAGCGCCGCGCGGCGUGGGCCCGGAGUUUGCGAAGUUCUACGCGGACGCUGGCUCGUUCACGUGCAUUUCGAACCCGGGCAUCACGCUGGACAGGGCGCGGCUGAACGACGACUACUGCGACUGCCCGGACGGCUCCGACGAGCCCGGCACGGCCGCGUGCGCGUACCUCUCGCCGCUGUCGCCGCCGCAGCCCGCGCGCCGGGACCUGGGCUCGUUCGAUGAGACGCCCGCUCUGCCCGGCUUCUACUGCACGAACAAGGGCCACCGCCCGAGCUAUCUCCCCUUCACCAGCGUCAACGACGGCAAGUGCGACUACGACGUGUGCUGCGACGGCAGCGACGAGCACGCGGGCGUCGGCGGCGUCAAGUGCCCGGACAAGUGCGCGGCGAUUGGCAAGGAGUGGCGCAAGCAGGACGCGGCGCGGCAGAAGAGCCUCGACAACGCGCAGCAGAAGCGGCGCGAGCUGGUGGCCGAGUCGGCGCGGCUCCGCAAGGAGGUCGAGGACCGCAUCUCGACGCUGAAGGCGCAGAUCGAGGGCCAGACGCAGAAGGUGGACGCCCUGACCACGAGCCUCGCCGACAUCGAGCGCGCCGAGAAGGGGCGCGUGGUGCGCGGCGCGGGGGCAGGCGGCAAGAUCGCCGUGCUCGCCGGCCUGGCCAAGGACCGCAUUGCCGAGCUGACGACCAGCGUCGAGCGCGUGCGCCGCGAGCGCGACGCCGCCCGCGGCCGCAUCGACGAGCUCGAGGCGAUGCUGAAGCGCUUCAAGGAGGAAUACAACCCCAACUUCAACGACGAGGGCGUCAAGCGCGCCGUCAAGGCCUGGGAGGACUACGCCGCCCAGGACUGGCCCGCGCCCGACGCCGCCCUGGACCGCGACCUCGACGAGAUCGUGAACCCGGAGUCCGAGAGCGCCAUCAAGUGGGCCGACUUCGAGACCCCCGACGCCGAUGACGUCGACGUCCUCUACCAAUUCGAGCUCUACCUCCCCGAGUCCAUCCGCACCUGGGUCGACACCAAGCUGCGCGACCUCCGCAUCACGCUAAUCGACAACGGCAUCCUGCCCUCCGCGCCCACCUCCGACGUCGAAUCCAAAGCCGUGACGGAUGCGAAAUCGCAACUCGACGCCGCCAAGCGCGACCUCACCACCUCCGAAACCGAGCUGACAAAGCACGCCGACGAUCUAGCCAAAGACUACGGCCCGGACGCCGUCUUCCGCGCCCUAACCUCGCACUGCAUAUCGCUCGAUUCCGGCGAAUACACCUACGAACACUGCUUCCUGUCCCGCACGACCCAGAAAUCCAAGAAAGGCGGCUCCCACACCGGCAUGGGCAACUUCGCGCGCAUCUCCUCGAUCACCGUCGACGAGGAACUUCCCGCCGAUGGGCGCGGGUUGGGUAAAGGGGAGCGGCUGGUGCUGAAGUAUGAGGGCGGACAGGGGUGCUGGAAUGGGCCGGCUAGGAGUACGACGGUGGUGUUGGCUUGUGCGGAAAAGGAGGAGAUUUGGAGGGUGGUCGAGGAGGAGAAGUGUGUGUACAGGAUGGAGGUCGGGAGUCCGAGUGUGUGCGGGGUGGAGGUGAGGAGCGGGGGCGAGGGUGGGGAGGUGCCGGUGCACAGCGAACUGUAGAUAGAUCGACAGAUCUGCGGAGCGAAGGGGGCGCGUGCUGAAGUAUACGGUGGAGCGUGGCUGGCGUUGUAGACUCCCAAAAUCAAGCAUAUCCCGCCC